AUGGGGCAUACUGAUACAUUCGAAGGAAGAUUGGAACGGAGACAGCGUUUACUUGCUGAUAAAAUUCGACUAACUUCCUGUCCUUUGAUUCGAGCAUGUUUGGCGGAAUUUUGUGGCACUGCAAUUUUAAUGAUAUUUGGUUCUGGUGUAUUGGCCCAAACAAUGUUGGGUGAUCAUAAGAACAAAGCUCAUGGUGGAUUCUUGUCAGUUAGUUUGGGCUGGGGAUUCGCAGUCUAUAUGGGUGUUAUUUUCUCCGGUUGCGGUGGUUCUGGACAUGUUAACCCAGCUAUUACUUUAGCAUUUUCAAUAAUUGGAAAAUUCCCGCUUAGACGUGUUCCAUUUUAUACAAUUAGCCAAAUUUUGGGAGCUUUUGUAGGCUCCCUUGUUAUAUAUGGCGUUUAUUGUGAGAAGAUAUAUGAAUAUGCUGACCUGCAUGAUAAUGGAAGUUUCCUAGUGAAGUCAACAGGUGGUAUAUUUGUCACGAAUCCUUCAGCAUCUCAUAUAACAUGUUUCCUUGAUCAAGUUCUCGGCACAGCAUUGUUGGCAGCAGGAGCGUUAGCUAUUAGUGAUAAGAAUGGAUGGAAACUUCCAAACUACCUACAUCCACUACAUUUCGCAUUUCUAGUUUAUGCCCUUGUUGGCUGUUUCGCAUUGAAUGCUGGAGCUGCUUUAAAUCCAGCUCGUGAUUUGGGACCUCGACUAAUGAUAAUGAUGUUCGGUUGGGGUAGUUCAGCGUUUACUUCAGGAAAUUAUUUCUUUUGGAUACCUAUAUUAGGUCCAUAUAUUGGUGCAGUGAUAGGAUCUGUUCUGUAUGAAUUAACCAUUGGUAUACAUCUUAAUCGUGAUACAUCAUCACCAUCAUCAUUAUCACCACUGCAAACAAAUUCACCGAUUGGAGAACAACGUUAUGAUGUUGACUCAUGUGGGAAAUCUGGUUCUCACUUGCUAACUCGAGGAUUAUAA